AUGACGUCCAAGGGCCACCACCGACGUCGCUCGUCGAUCGAUCGGGUCAUCGAUCUUCUGGCAGACCUCGAAGAAAGCCAGAUCGCACUCCUUCUUGAGGAUUUCAAUCACACAACCCCAAGCAAUGUGCCCGUUGCCGAGGCCAUUGCACUUUUCGAGCAGCAUGCCGCCAAGCAGAAGCGCAAGUCUUCAAUUCCGCCCUCGCAACCUCCCAUGAUCAAAUUGCAGACCGAGCUGGAACGGCGACACAGCAAACGCAUCUCUGUGCCCGAUCCCAAGCUAGUCCAGUUGUCGCAGACCACAGCAGCUGUUUCUCCGACGUCUGACAACAUAUCUCAUUCGUUUUCACUUUCGGCUCACCCGAACCCUUCCCUCAUUCCCACCAAUCAUUCCUCGGCCGACCGUCACGAUCGUAACAACCCGCCUUCACUCACGCUUCCUCCUCCUCAGUCUCCGGUACACAAUCAGAACGCCGACAACAGCCGCCCCGGAACAGUGUCCACUUCCCAACCGCAAACUCAGUCACAGAAGGCUCAGCCCCCCUCCCCUUCCCAUUCACUAUCUCGUCCCCGCUCUUACAAGCGCAUCAACCGGCCGGCGCUGCUUUCCCCGACUGCGACAGCGGAGCUCCAUUUGCUCCUCCAAGCCUUUUUCAACGAGCUACCCUUGUCAUCCUCUCCAUCUGACACAACGGCUACGCCGUCUCCGACAACCCCUCACAGUGCUCACAUGCUUGGGGGCAAUGGCUUUGCUGCCCCGCUCUCUUUCUAUGGCGAGCCUGAGCCGGAGUUGAUUGCGCCAGGGUUCGACCUGCUUGAGCCAUCCCCUAUGCGGAUGCCGUAUAACAAGGUGCCACCUGGAGGUAGAGGAUUGCGGACGAUGUCCAGCAUGAGCAGCAUCUUUGAGGUUCUGAGGUCACAGUGA